CGAGAAGGUAGCAAAAUGAGGUGGCUGCUCUGUCUGGUAGCGAUUGGUGUGAUUGGGGCGCUUGCGGAAGCCCGCGAUCUUCGGCACGAAAUUCCCGCUGAAGUUCCGGAGUUUGGAAAUUAUGCAACUGCCUGCUCGAUCCGCACGACGGGCGAUAUGCCACGUCCACAGCCACUAGUGCUGAUCCCCGGUACCAGCCAGUUCCGCUAUCCCGCCACCGGCAACGGGCUGCUGCAGCUGAACGCUGGCGAAACAUUGGAGCUAGCCUGCCAGGACGGGUUCGGACUCUUCCCGGGCAAAAGCUCCAUCACCGUGACGUGCGUCAUCAACGAUCAGUUCAACUACGACAGCCAGAUGUUUGCGUUCCGUGACUUUGCCUGCACGGAGAACUGGCUGAGCAGUGCGCGUCGUACCGCGCAGCGUUGCUUCAACGGGGCCACGAUCGUUGAGAUCGGCUUCAACGUUGGCCAGCGCUUCCCGAAGAUUCUGGACGUGUGUCACGACGAGGUGACGUUCGACAAUCACUACGUGGUGCAUGAGUUUACGCCGGCCAAUGCCGGGUUCCAGCAGGGCGUACCACGGCCGGGCUGGUACCAGGGUGACUUCUACCCCGGCAUCAACAUCAACGGACUAUACACGGUCAAUACACAGCGCUCCACCAUCGCCACCAUUCUUAGCUCGCAGGCUCGCGCCAAUGAGCUCGUCCAGGGUACGGACAAUGGUAUCUUCCUGGCGCGUGGACACAUCGCCGCUCGGGCGGACUUUAUCUACGGGACGCAGCAGAACGCCACGUUUUGGUUCCUCAAUGCUGCCCCACAGUGGCAAAACUUUAACGCUGGCAAUUGGGAGCGCAUUGAGUCGUCGGUGAAAACGUUUGUGGCGGCUCGCAAUAUUCGGGUGCGGGUUUACGGCGGUACGUACGGUGUGCAGACGCUGGCCGAUGGUAAUGGAGAUCAUCGGGAGAUCUUCCUGGAUUUCAACGCGAAUGGAAGGACGCGCCUGAGAGCACCGAAGGUGUACUACAAGAUCCUGCACAAUGAGGCCCAAAACUCGGGAAUUGUACUGAUAGGAGUUAACAAUGUCCACAUCUCGCUGGAGGAGAUCCGACGGGACUAUAUCUUCUGCACGGACGUGAGCAGUCGGAUUGGGUGGAUUAACUGGGAGCGGGAAAAUCUUGCCCUUGGCUAUUCGUACGCAUGCGAGGUGAAUGAGUUUAAUCGCGUGACGGGCCACUUGCCACAGCUGAAUGUGGCCAGUCUGCUCUACCUUCAAAAGAUUUGCUGGAAUCAGUUGAAUAAAUUCAGUAGACUCGUGCAGUACAAGAUGUUGGAUAGAGUUUUAGCAGUCAGUUGUAUCUUUUUGGCGGCAUACCUUCAAGGUGCAGCUGCUCGCGAUGUUCCCACUUCCGAAGAGAUAUCUAGAGCCGGUGGAUGUACGGUCCCGUUCGCUGACCUACCGUACCCGGAGCAACCGCUCAUACUGAUCCCCGGGACGGAGAAGUACUGGUACCCACUGGACGAAACCCGCGAGAUCCUAGUACCAACCGGUGCCCCAAUCGAGCUGGCAUGUCAGCAAGGCUUUCGACUCUUUCCCACCCAACGAUCGAUUACGGUCCAGUGUGUGACGAACUCAACUUUCAGCUUCGGUGGCUCGACCUACCCAAUGAAGUCCCUUGCCUGCACAUCGUACUGGUUAAGCUCGGCCAAAACCACCCAGGCACGGUGCCACAACGAGUCCGUGAUAGUGAAGGUUGGCUUCGAGCUGGCCGACGCUCGCUGGGUGAACGUGUUUGACGUGUGCUACGAUGAGCAGCUUUACCAUACACACUUUGUGCGCCAUCAUAUGAACCGCGCCAACGGUGGCUAUCAGUCAGGCAAUCCACGACCCGGCUGGUAUCAGGGUGCGUACUACACCGGCGUUAACAUCAACACACUGUACACCGUGAACAAGCAGCGGGAAACGAUCGCCACCAUCCUGAACUCCCAGGCCCGGGCGGACGUACUGGUCCAGAACACCACCAACGGGAUCUACAUGGCCCGGGGGCACAUCGCGGCACGGGCGGACUUUGUUUAUGGCACGGAGCAGAACGCAACCUUCUGGUUCCUCAAUGCUGCUCCCCAGUGGCAAAACUUCAACGGAGUUAACUGGGAGCGGGUGGAGUCUUCGGUGCGCGAUUUCGUGGGCAAGCGGGAUCUCGAGCUAACCGUGUACAGCGGUACGUACGGUGUACAGAAGCUGGCCGACGGCAAUGGCGACUAUCGGGAAAUUUGGCUUGACUUUGAUCCUGUGGCUGGUCGUCGCCGAGCGCCGGCUCCGAUGCUGUACUACAAGAUCCUGCACGACGAGGCCAGCAACGCGGGCAUUGCACUCGUCGGCGUUAACAACGUGCACGUGCCGGUUGAGCUGAUCCUGCGCGAGUAUGUGCUGUGCAAGGAUAUUGGCGAUGAGGUCGAGUGGAUCGACUGGGAGCGUAAGAACCUGACGAUCGGGUACUGUUACGCGUGCGAGGUAAAUGCGUUCAACGACGCAAUUGGCAGGCCCCAUCCGCAGCUGAACGUGGCGAAGCUGCUCACGAGCAGUGGUGCUAGGGGCGCGGUGUUUGCGCUCGGCCUGAUGUUGGCAGGCCUGGGACUGCACGCACUGUUAUUUGUGGUACGGUCCUCUGCCCUUCGUGCGUGAGCGGUGGUGGUGUUUGGGGACAGCCGAAAGCAGCAGACACCAUUUCCGAUUGACGUCACGAAGCAGUAGCAGCUGCAGCACUGUAGGCGCAAUGGCGGCCAAAAAGAGGUUUCGUUUUAAAUUGAAGUCAUCAGUAUUCCAAUAAAUUUUGCUUCAAAACAUUA